GGCUAACACUGUGAUGGUGAGUUUCCAGAAGGGGGACAGUGUGGGUCUGAGGCUGGCGGGGGGCAACGAUGUGGGCAUCUUCAUCGCUGGCAUCCAGGACGGCAGUCCUGCCGAGGAGGAGGGGCUACGCACCGGAGACCAGAUCAUGAAGGUAACCACCUUUGACCUUUGGCACCGUGAACAGACUGAAUUCAAUACAAAACCUGUACACCAAAAGCAAAUGCAUCUGUAAAGUGAACACAUUCUGAAAGAUCUAUUGUGUUGAUCACUAGAGACGCAUGUUGUGGAUUCUAGUCAGUAAAACAACCCUUCAUUUCCCAAUGAACCUCUGUGUGUGUGCGUGUGUGUGUGUGUGUGUGUGUGUGUGUGUGUGUGUGUGUGUGUGUGUGUGUGUGUGUGUGUGUGUGUGUGUGUGUGUGUGUGUGUGUGUGUGUGUGUGUGUGUGUGUGUGUGUGUGUGUGUGUGUGUGUGUGUGUGUAGGUGAAUAAGGUAGAAUACCGAGGCAUGGUGAGAGAGGAGGCUGUUCUCUAUCUGCUGGAGAUUCCUAAAGGAGAGGACGUCACCAUACUGGCCCAGAGGAAACCU